CCACAAAAGCCCCCCCUCGUCCGAACCAGACAAAUCCCCAUCCUAGAGAGAGAAACAAGUAACUCCUCUCUCUCUCUCUCUCUCUAAAAACUUCAAAACAAAACAAAGAUCUCUUUUUCUUUCUUCGGUUACUCUGUCGCUGAACUACCCAAAUUGAUCUCUUUCCCCAAAAAAAACAAUGCUGUGAUCAAGAUAUCUUACAUCGAGAUCGAUCCUCUUUGUCUCUUCGAUGGGGAACUCUCUAGGAUGCUCGGCCUCCGGCGAGAGACUAGUGUCGGCGGCGAGAGACGGCGAUCUCGUCGAGGCCAAGAUGCUGCUAGAGUUCAACCCUUGCCUCGCCAAAUACUCCACCUUUUUUGGCGGCCUCAACUCUCCUCUUCACUUCGCCGCCGCCAAAGGCCACAACGAGAUUGUUACGCUGUUGCUAGAGAAGGGAGCGGAUGUGAAUUCUAGGAAUUAUUGCGGUCAGACGGCGUUGAUGCAAGCUUGUCGGCAUGGGCACUGGGAAGCGGUGCAGACUCUGCUGCUCUUCAGAUGCAAUGUUACUAGGGCUGAUUAUUUAAGCGGCAGGACUGCGCUGCAUUUUGCAGCCAUUGAUGGCCAUGUGAGAUGCAUAAGACUGUUAGCUGCAGACUUUGUCCCCAGUGCUCCUUAUGGAGUGGCCAGUUCAGGUGUUGAGAGUGACAAUUCUGCAUCCGGCCCUAAAUUUAGUCAAUCGGUUCUCACUAGGUUCAUAAACAAGCCUGCGGAUGGUGGAGUAACUGCACUUCAUUUGGCGGCAUUGAAUGGAUACUCUGAUUGUGUGCAACUAUUGCUUGAUUUGCAUGCAAGUGUUUCGACUGUCACCUUUCAUUAUGGUUCAGCGAUAAAUUUGAUAGGUAUAGGAGCUGGGAGCACACCUUUGCAUUAUGCUGCUUGUGGAGGGAGUCUCAAGUGCUGCCAGUUACUUCUUUCCAAAGGUGCUAGUCGGUUGACAUUGAAUUGCAACGGGUGGCUUCCACUUGAUGUUGCUAAAAUGUGGGGUCGUCAUUGUCUUGAGUCAUUACUCAUGCCCAAUUCUGAUGCAACUAUACCUGAGUUUCCACCAUCUAAAUAUCUUUCGUUGCCUCUUAUGAGCAUACUUAAUAUAGCAAGGGAAUGUGGACUACAAUCUGCUGCUACAAUUGAUGAUGGUGAUACCUGUGCAGUUUGCUUGGAAAGGGCUUGCAAUGUAGCUGCGGAAGGUUGUGCCCAUCAACUCUGUGUCAAGUGUGCUCUCUAUCUCUGUUCAACAAGCAACAUCACAUCUGAGAUGGUCGGCCAUCCAGGAUCUAUCCCAUGUCCUCUUUGUCGAACUGGCAUAGUCUCUUUCAUCAAACUCUCCACCACGCCAACAAAAGAGCUCAAGCCAAACCUGGCACUCAGCCUAUGUAACCCGUGCAUUUUACACCCCCGUGCUCUUCCCCCACCAGAGUCUAUGUCCUGCAGGUCUGAAUUUCGUCAGAAUCGUGUGGUAGCAGUUUCUUCAGAGGUUGUUUGCCCUCUGUCUUGCACUCCAUUUCCUUCUGCUGCUCUUCCUUCAUGCUCGUGUGAUGAUGACCCGAGCACGGGCAUUGAGUCUGAAGGGGAGGCAAGAGAGCAAUUCCCUCGUGGCUCACAAAGCAGUUCUACAAAUGAGGUAGAAGAUAAAAUAGAUGAGCAGAGGCUUGAGAGAACGAGCUGUUCGGGUAUUUUUUGGAACCGAAGGAGCUGUCACCGCGAGCAUCAGUGCAAUUCGGAGAUAAAUGCCUGAACUCUGUGAAUAGUUGUAGUUUACAAUGUUUUAUUUCAUCAUACGACAGAAAUAGGUUGUAUGUGGAAAGGGUUGUGUUUCAUGUUGCCGAGUAUAUUUGUGUGGCCGUUGAGCAAGAGGAAGUGGGUUAGAUGCAAUGUCUUGUUGUUGAACGUAGGGUUAGUAAUUAUCUUUUUUCCUCCUUUUUUGGCGGUAAUUUUCUGUAUAUUAGUUAAGCAUUGGCUUGCUGCAUUUGUGCUUGCAAGUUUUGUGGUCUA